CGCGCCUGGUGUGCGUGCGCGCAUGUGAGCCCAGCAGGGUACAGUUACACUGACAGUCGGUCAUAACGCCAAUUAUGAUCCUCCGAUCACCCAUCGACCCGGUCAGACUCGCCCGUUUCAGCGCCUGAUCGAUGCCUGCUUCUCGCAAGGUGGGUCGGCCAUCGACACGAGGGGAGACGGCGGCAUCCUCACAGCCUUUUCCUACUUUCCUGAGAAGGUGAAGCAGCCUUUAUAAUAACGCCGUUAGCCGCGAUGAGGCGACUAACGGGGAAGGCGAAGGAGGAAACUUUGAUCGAGCUGCAGAGCACCACGGAUUCUCAGAUGACAGAUGGUCCUGCUGUGCUGACUGCAUUCAGGAUAAACUUACACUCAGAUGAAAGCAGUGGUAAUGGGAUCAGUUCAUUAUCUGAAGGAACUCACCUGCCUGGCCAUUCUGAAACAGAAGGGCUGCGACCAAACCGAGACACGGUGUUCUUCAGGGACGGCGUUCGCAGAAUAGACUUUGUUUUGUCUUAUGUGGAUGACAAAGAUGAGAAGAAACAGGAAAGGAGGAAAGCGUUUGAGGCCAACCUUGAAAAAACUGGUCUGGAGCUGGAGACAGAGGACAAGUCGGAGUCCAAAGACCAAAAGACAUACUUCUUAAAGAUCCACGCUCCAUGGGAUGUGCUCGCCACCUACGCUGAUGUCCUGAACAUCAAAGUUCCCUUCAAAGAGAGCGACAUGCAGCACGGUCAGGACGUCCAUCUGAACUGGCUGUCCUGCCCUUUCCGCCUGCCUGACCACAUCAUGCACCCGCAGACGGACUACUUCACCUACCCCUUCGACAAGAAUAAGGUGGACUUCUUCCUCAUCAACGACAAAGAGACUUUCUUCCCUCCAUCCACCAGGAACAGAAUUGUGUUUUAUAUCCUGGCUCGUGUUCCGUACUACAGUGAGGGUCGGAUGGAAAGAGAGAAGACGGGCAUCAAGCGAUUACUCAGCAAUGGCACCUACACCGCAGCCUUCCCCCUUCAUGACUGUCGAUACUGGAAAAAAAAUACAAAGUGUGAGAGUGAGCGCUUCAACCUGUACAGUCACUGGGCGGGGUUUCUCUGCUUUUACAAAGAACAGCCUUUGAACCUCAUCAGGAAGUAUUAUGGAGAAAAGAUCGGGAUCUACUUUGCGUGGCUGGGCUUCUACACUGAGAUGCUGUUCUUGGCAGCUGUCAUGGGUGUUAUAUGCUUCAUCUAUGGAUUGCUCAGCUAUGGAGACAACAAAUCAAGCAAAGAAAUCUGCGAUCAAAACAUCGGCGGCAGCAUAGUAAUGUGCCCUCUCUGUGACAAAAAGUGUCCUUUCUGGACGCUCAACUCCACAUGUCUCUCGUCCUGGCAAUCCCAUCUGUUUGACAAUGAGGGAACAGUAUUCUUCGCCAUAUUUAUGGGGAUUUGGGUAACUCUGUUCUUGGAGUUCUGGAAGCGGCGUCAGGCCCGGCUCGAGUACGAAUGGGAUCUGGUGGAUUUUGAGGAGGAGCAGCAGCAGCUUCAAAUCCGCCCGGAGUUUGAGAUCAAAUGCACAAACCGGAGAAAGAACAAGAUCACUCAGGAAAUGGAGCCAUAUCUUCCUGUCACGAGCAAGUGUGCACGUUUCAUUUUCUCUGGAACCACUGUCAUACUCUGGGUUUCUUUGAUUGUGGCCUGUAUCAUUGGGGUGAUAGCCUACAGGCUGGCUGUAUAUGCCGCCUUUGCAAGCAUCAUUAAGGAUCCAAUGAGGAAGAUCCAGCUGGUGGGGCGAUUCAUCACGCCGCAGCUCGCGACAUCUGUCACCGCUUCCUGCAUCAAUUUUGUCAUCAUCAUGAUCCUGAACUUCUUAUACGAAAGAGUGGCCAUCUGGAUCACUGAUAUGGAAAUCCCCAAAACUCACCUGGAGUAUGAGAACCGCUUGACGAUAAAGAUGUUUCUGUUCCAGUUUGUCAACUACUACUCGUCCUGCUUCUACGUGGCCUUCUUCAAGGGGAAAUUUGUGGGUUAUCCUGGCAAGUACUCCUACAUGUUCGGAAAUAUGACCAAACUGAGGAACGAAGAGUGUGAUCCUGGUGGCUGUCUGAUAGAGCUGACCACGCAGCUGGUCAUCGUCAUGGCUGGGAAACAGCUGUGGGGGAACAUUCAGGAGGCGCUGCUGCCGUUGAUGCGCAACUGGUGGAGCAGCAGAAAAGGACGACACAAUCCAGUCAACCAUUACAGUCGCUGGGAGCAGGACUACGUCCUGCUGAACUUCAGCCAGAUUGGCCUUUUCUACGAGUACCUGGAGAUGGUGAUCCAGUUUGGCUUCAUCACUCUGUUCGUGGCCUCCUUCCCGUUGGCCCCUCUCCUCGCUCUGUGCAACAACAUCCUUGAAAUCAGGGUGGACGCCUGGAAGUUCACCACCCAGUUCAGGCGACCGGUGGCAUCCAAGGCCCGCAACAUCGGAGCCUGGCAGGAGAUCCUCAAUGCAGUGGCCAUUUUGUCUGUUGUCACCAACGCUUUUAUCAUGGCCUUUACGUCAGAUAUGAUCCCUCGUAUGGUAUACCUGUACGCCUACAGUAAAGACGCCAGCAUGAGCGGCUAUAUCAAUAACAGCCUGUCAGUAUACAGCAUUUCACAGAUACAUCCAGACAACAUGCCUGAGGACUACUGGCAUGAUAACUCCACCUCCACCUGCAGAUAUCGAGACUAUCGGUACCCUCCGGGCCAUGAGAAGCAGUACACCCACACCAUGCAGUUCUGGCACAUCCUGGCAGCCAAGAUGGCCUUCAUUAUUAUCAUGGAGCAUGUGGUCUUUGUGGUGAAGUUCUUCGUCGCUUGGCUGAUACCAGAUGUCCCAUCGGAUGUGAAAGCACGAAUCAAACGGGAACGUUACCUGAUCCAGGAGUACCUGCACAAGUACGAAGUGGAGAGGCUCAAGCUCCAGCUCAGCGCCAGCUUCAUCACAGAGCCUCAGUCAGAAACUUCCCUGACACCGGACAAACAUGAAGUAGUCUCUGAGUGUUCAUAACCUGCAUGACACCCUUCAAACAACCUAAACCAAGAAAAAAAAACUAAUUUCACAGUUUUUUUGCAACAACUUCCAUUUUAUGGAAGGAAAUACUGUUUUUCCUUAAAUAUAAGUGGGCCUUAUCACUUUUUAAGUGGUGCUCGUAAGUUAGGAUGCUCUCAUGGAGGCAUUGGGAAUAGUAAGGCAAGAUAUUAAUUUACAUUUUGUUUAAGUACACUUUUUUUAUGCCAUAGAAAACUUUGGAAGGGGUCUGAAAAGAAAUCAAAAGAGAAUGCACCUUUUACCUGCAGCUUAUUCAUUUCCCUGAAAUAUGCCCUUAAAUCUUUCCAAGUCUGUGACCAAAUAACUCCUACAUGAGUUGAUGAAGUUUGAUGUGAUCUUAGACAUGUAAACUAAAAUGUAAAUACAUCUAAAGAUGUGAUUAUAAUGUUAUUUUUAUCUUCUGCAAUGUAAUAUGAAGGACUUAUUUAUUGAAGAAGGUAAUGUUCAUUUGUUAAUGGAAAUGUGAUCGGAAAUUUUCACAGUGAAGCUGUAAAUGUAGUAAACACUCAGACUAUAUAAAUAUUUGAUUACAUGAGACCGGAAACACAAAGUAAAACAGGCUUAUUCCCUGUUUUUCCUUUCAAAGACGUAGCUAUAUAAUGUUCGCCAUCUCUGAUUUAUGGCUGAGCUGUAAGAUUCUGGUUUUCUAUGAUGUUAGGGUGUUUUAUGUUUAGAGAAAACGUCUUAAAAACAGUGCAUUGAAAAACCAAGUACCUCCUAUUCAGUGCUGCUGUGAUUUUAUUCUAAGUGUUCAGCAGCUCCAGACUUGCCUCCUAACUUUUACAUUUAUCAGUUUGUUCCGGGACCAUUUAUAGUUGCCAAAAAAAAAAGAAAAAUGAAACAUGAGGAAAUGUUUGCAGAGCUGUACAGAUUUUUGUUUUUAUGGAUGAUUUUUCAUUUAAUUACCGCGUCCUCUGUGUAUGGAAAAAUGUGCAUACAAUAAAUCUCACAUUGUAGUGUUUCUGUAAAAAUGAGCAGUUACAAGAUUCACUUUAGAUAUUAUUGAAACCUUUUUUAGUAUUCUGGUGUGUAUACCAAAUUCAGCAAUUAUGUGUCAGAUAGCUUCAACAUUACAUUAUUACGUUUCUGGUAUAAAACAGCUCCAAGUUACACUAUUUAUCUUUUUGCAAACUUUUGUUGUAGAUAUAAAGACACAUUUCUUUGUAAUGAACUCGCUGAUUUUGUUUCGCUUUGCAGUGUUGUUGUAUGCUUGUUUAUCAUCUUUCUCUUCAGAUUGGUUGAUAUUUUCAUAGCCUUUAUUAUUCUAGAAAUAGCCAUAAAAAAUGUGUGCCUAUUUAACAUUUCUUUGGAAAACUCAGUCACCAGGCAAGAUUAAACUGCUUUUGCAUUUUAUAGUCAGCAGAUUUCAAAGCAGUUUAGAUUCAUCAAAGUAAAGUAGAUUUAUGCUUCUGCAUAUUGUCAGAUUUCUUUGUUUAUAAUCAAUUCUGUGUUCAUCUGCAUUUAAUUUUUCUUAUCAAAUGAUUUUUCAUGGCAUCGAACAUCUAACCCCUAACCCUAACUCUUUAGUCUCAGGAUUAAAACUUGUUAUACACAGCUAGAGUGUGCAGACGUGAUCAUGCAUGUUGCAUGAUGAUUUCCCUGACUGCAAACUGCCUUAAACAUAUAUGUUUACUUGUUUUUUUAUGUAUGUAAUGAAAUAUGUCUUAAACGUACUCUGUCUCCUUUUAUUUGCUACAGGUUUUUUUUUUUUUACUUGCUAUCUUCUUGUUUUCUUUGCACAUAUUGUAAUCAGUGUACAGUAUUGUUCCCUUUUUUUUUAGUUCACUGUAACUUGUUAAACAGGAACAUAAUCUCUUAAAGAGGGUAUUUGGUAUUGUGUGUGUUGCUGUGAACUAACAACUGGUGUUUUUUUUUUGUUAAUACAAACAAUGAGAGAAUAAAUCGCUUGCUAAUCCUUUAAACUGCAUCAUACAUUUAAUAGCCACAAAAACUCCCAUACCAUUACUUGCACACACACUUAAAUGUUUAAUAACAUUAUAAAUUUAUGAUUAAUUUUUUAACCUAGAGAACACAGUAUAGACAAUUUUAUUAAAGAAUAAAAAAUAUUGGUUCAUCCAAAGACAUAAUAUGCUUACUGCGCCAGCUCCUCUCAUUGAUUAUACUGUCUUUGUUUUUUGUCCCUUUGUCUGUGUAAAUGUCAAAUCGUGCACUUGAGCUACUUGCAUCUCUUUUCCAAUGUGUUUUUUUAUACUGCACAUAGUAAAUAAACUAUGAAGCUGUAACUGUGA